UGACUCCUUGCUGUUUAAACUCAGACUGUUCGGGGCUGAGGGUCUCGCUUCAACAAUGGCUCUGUUUCCAGGUCUUGUGUGUGUGUGGUUCCUGCUCGCUGCUGCUCUCCACGAAGGGCUCCCCUCGCCCCCCCGGGCCGGUGCCGGUGACUGGGACUAUGUGGAAGUGAGACCCGGGGCCCACAUGUUCUGGUGGUUGUACCCUGCAGACCAGGACAGACCUCUGCCUCUGGUCAUGUGGCUGCAGGGCGGACCAGGAGGAUCAGGAACUGGUUUUGGGAACUUUGAGGAGAUCGGACCCUUAGACAGAGAUCUGCAGCCCAGGAAAACCAGCUGGGUCCAGGCAGCCAGUGUGCUGUUUGUUGAUAACCCUGUGGGAACUGGGUUCAGCUACACUGAAAGGCCGGAUGGAUUUGCCACCAACGUGUCCACGGUGGCCUCAGACAUGCUGGUGCUGCUCCAACACUUCUUCACAAAGAAGCCCGAGUUCCAGAGCGUCCCCUUCUAUAUCUUCUCUGAGUCAUAUGGAGGGAAGAUGGCAGCUGCUAUCUCCUUGGAACUCACAAAGGCCGUAGCUCAAGGCUCGAUGAAGUGCAGCUUUGCUGGUGUGGCACUUGGAGACUCGUGGAUUUCCCCUCUGGACUCGGUCAUGACGUGGGGACCCUACCUGUAUUCCACUUCGCUGCUGGACGAUUAUGGGCUGGCUGACGUCUCCAGUGCAGCGGAGAAAGUGAAGCAGGCUGUGGAGAACGAGGACUUCCUGAAAGCCACUGAGCUGUGGUCUGUGGCCGAGUCUGUGGUGGAGGAGAACACUGAUGGAGUCAACUUUUAUAACAUCCUGACCCAGCAGCCAGACGACAAGUGGACCUCAGCUGCAGGAGAAAGCUUCAUCGCUCUGCAAGCGCGACGACACGUCGGCCGUCUGUACAGGCAGUCACUGAGCGAGCUCAUGAACGGACCAAUCAGGAAGAAACUGGCCAUCAUCCCCCAGAACGUCACCUGGGGAGGGCAGGCAGAGGACGUGUUCAGCAACAUGGCUGGAGACUUCAUGAAGCCCGUGGUGGAGGUGGUGGAGCAGCUGCUGACAGCCGGAGUCAACGUCACGGUUUAUAACGGCCAGCUGGACCUCAUCGUGGACACCAUGGGUCAGGAGAUGUGGGUGAAUCGGCUGAAGUGGGCGGGCCUUCCUUCUUUCAGCAAGCUGAGGUGGACCCCGCUGGAUGACCCGGCCUCCCCGGGCGUUACUGGAGCCUUUUUCAAGACGUACAAGAAUUUUUCCUUCUACUGGAUCCUCCGAGCCGGUCACAUGAUCCCGUCAGACCAGGGAGCCAUGGCCUUACAGAUGCUGAAAAUGAUCACGCAGCAGGACUGAUUGACCCGCUGCACCACCGGGAGCGCUUUGACAAUCACAAUAAUCCUUUAACCUUCCUCAUCUUUCUGUUUGUUUUCUUGUGACACCGUUUCACAUAUCAGUUAUAUUUGAUUAUAGCCUUUUAUGAACAAAUCUGAAAUAAAUCCUGACACAGGGCUGAUGUUUUGUACAAAAUGCAGAUGUUCUUUGAACAUGU